AUUCUAACAUCAUCAUCAAUGAUGAUGAUAGAAAACCGGAUCAUGAUUCAAUGAAAAUGUUUGUCGGACAAAUACCACGUGAUUGGUGUGAAGAUGAUUGUCGUCGUUUAUUAGAACAAUAUGGUGAAAUUUAUGCUAUUAAUAUACUCAAAGAUAAAGAAACGAAAAAAAGUAAAGGAUGCUGUUUCGUUACGUACUAUACGAGAAAAGCGGCACUCGAUGCACAGAAUGCUUUACACAAUCUUCAAAAACUUCCAUCGUGCCGAAAUCCCAUUCAAAUGAAACCGGCCGAUAACGAAAAUAAAAAUGAUCGUAAACUUUUCAUUGGAAAAUUACCAAAAUUUAUUACGGAAACUGAUAUUUUACAAACAUUUGAACAAUUUGGCCAGAUUGAAGAAUGUAUUAUAUUACGUGAUAAUCAAGGACAAAGCAGAGGAUGUGCAUUUGUUACAUUUUCCACACGAUCAAAUGCAACACAAGCGAUGCGUGAAUUAAAUCAGACAAAAAUAUUUGAUGGAUGUUUGGUUCCUAUUGUUGUAAAAUUUGCCGAAUCAAAUCCCGAUCAUCAUCAACAACAACAACGGCGUCAACAACAACAAUCAAAUUCUCAUAGUAAUCUUCAAUCACCGAUCACAAUAAUGAAUGGUCUUUUUAAUACGGCUCAAUCGCCUAUAGCUGCCGCUAUAAAUCUAUCAACACAGCCAUUAGUUUCCUAUCCAAAGGUCCAUGCUCAAUCACCAUAUACAUCGAUUACAUCAUCAACCGGGACGAAUACAUUGUCGCCAAUAGAUCCAACAAAUUCUGCUUAUUUUAAUAAUUUGAUAAAGUUUCAGCAACAACAACAAUCUCAACAACAGCAGCAGCAACAAUUGUUAAAUAUAUCCACAUUAAAUCAUUCUCCGGUGAAUCCAUAUUCAACAGCUACAGCAGCAGCAACUAUACCAACAGAAUUGACCUAUCCGAAUCUGAUUCUUGGAACUAAAUCAUCAGUGGCAUCAUAUCCACCUGCAGCAGUAUCGACAACAGCUGCUGCAUUGAUAGCUUCGGGUCAAAUUCCUGCUGCAGCCUAUCCUACUACGGCAAAUAUAACAAAUUUAGCAAUGGCGGCAAAUGCAAAAUUGGCCGAUUCGUUAACGAUGGCUGCUGCUAUGACUGCAUCAUCACCAUAUCAUCAUGCCUAUCAUCAUCAUCACCAUCAUCCUGCUGUUUAUCAUGCCAAACAUCAUUUUGGUCUAACGACGACAGCGGCAAUGAAUAAUGGCAAACAGAUCGAAGGCCCUGAUGGAUCGAAUCUAUUCAUUUAUCAUCUUCCAGCCGAAUACUCUGAUUAUGAUCUGAUCACAUUGUUCGCUCCAUUCGGUAAUGUUGUUUCUGCCAAAGUUUUCAUCGAUAAAAAUUCAAAUCUAAGUAAAUGUUUCGGUUUUGUAUCAUACGACAAUCCGGAAUCGGCACAAAAUGCUAUCAGAUCAAUGAAUGGUUUUCAAGUGAUGAAUAAACGUUUAAAAGUACAGCUGAAAAAAGUUCGUGAAAAACCGUACUGAAUCAUCAUCAUCAUUAUAAUAAUCAACAUUUUGCCCAAAUAAUUUUGCCAAUAAAUGAAAAAAAAAUCGAAUAACAAAGAGAGAGAGAGAGCGGCCAACCCUUUUUUAUAUAUGAAUUUAUAUUUCAACUAGUCACGGCAAUAAAUUUUUUUGCAAUGAUCCAGAAAUAUUCAAUAUCUUUUUUUUCAUAUUUGAUUUUUUUUCCUUGCAGACACAUUCUAUUAAC